UCCGUUGCGUCGUCUGUACCAAGGGAGAAGAGGAAGAACAAAACAAACCGAAACAACGAACGAACGAAAACGGAAAGUUUCGGAAAGAAGGAGAAGGCGCGGCCCUUGGAGAUUUCCCGUUCUACUCCGAGAUUGAACCAUGGAAGGCGACGAGGCUCCGCUGCAACGCCAAAGGUCUAUCGUGGCUCCUCUGAUCUUCUCCAUCGUAGUAUUGUUCCAGUUGGCCUCGAGAAGGUUGGAGCUCCUGAAGAGGAACGCCUCUAAGAGCGAGAAGGAAGUUCAACUGCGUGCCGAAAUAAAAAGACUCUACAAAGAGGCCAGCACAUUCUCACAGCCAUCGACGUUUGCUCAAGCGGCCAAACUUAGGAGGUUGGCAGCUGCUAAAGAGAAGGAACUCACAAACUAUCAAGAGUCACAGGGCAAGGAGGUGAAAAUGUCUUAUGAUUUGUACUUAAAGAUUUUGUUUCUCUUAAAGGUUAUUGCGUAUUUUCUUUUCAUUUGUUGGUAUUGGAGGGCUCCAGUUGCAGUAGUGUCUCAGCAACUUGUGCAGCCAUUUGGGAAGCUUCUUUCCUGGACUGCUGGUGACCACUUAACUAACAAUGUUACGGUUGGUGUUAUACCUUGGUUGAUAUUAUCUACCAGGGUCAGUAAAUUCGUUGCUCGGAUCCUUAAGUAGAACAAGUUACUUGAUGAAUACAAGGACAACUGAUCAUACUAUACCUUCGAUUGAAACAAAACAACUGAUUGCACAUCUUGCAUUCUCGUGUAAGCAAACAGGAUGAGGGACUUGGGAGAAGUCUGUUCCCUUGUAUCAGAAUCUAUAAGAGGUCAUUUCUUUCUUUCUUUCUUUUUUUUUUUUUUUUUCCUUGAUGAACUUGUAUAUUGAAGUUUUGGUAUAUAGCGAGCCCGCAAUAGUGAUACUUGCGAGACCUUUCUCGGCAUUUUGGCUUAGAUGAAGUGUAGUAUUCUUGCGAGUUUUCCUUUACGGAAGUGCAAACUUCAGGCUAACAAGUAACAACUAUGUACCUUAACGCAAGAUUUUGGCGCUUUUUUCUUUAUUUGGGGAGUGAAAUUAUAACUGUUGCAAUCUUCUUAGAAAC